AUGGUCAAUGCCAAAGCAAAUUGUUGUCCAUGGCAGGGUUUGUAUUCAUCUACGCCACUCAAACCUGUGUUGUUUAUUAUGCCUCUUCUUCUGGUCGCGGCCUUCAUUUCUGUGUUGGGUCCAAACGCCUCCCUCUGGGAUGCUACCGAACCUCUCCUAUUCAGCUCUGUUAAUCCUUCUCCUCCUCAGAAACUGACAGAAGUAGUUGUGGAUAGAAGCUCAAGCGAGGUGGUCAACGUCGACGCUAUCAGUAACAGUAAGGACAAUGAGACUGCUGCGCCCAAUCAUUCCUCUAUGCCUCCACUUUCUUUUGUUCCACCGCUUCAACAAUCUCAGAACGGAACUGAAGAAAUCCUCAGCGUCGCCGAACCCAGGCCCAUCUCAGCGCCUUUGAAUGAGUCGUAUGUUCCUGUCAUGACGAGACACAGCAAGCCACAAAAGUACAGCCUCCUAGAUAGGACAGAAGCUGGCCUCCUCAAAGCUAGAUCUGCAAUUAGAAGAGCCAGAAAUGGGAAUCAGACACGAGAUCCAGACUAUGUCCCAAUAGGUCCAAUGUAUCAUAAUGCCAAUGCAUUUCACAGGAGCUACUUGGAAAUGGAGAAACGGUUCAAAGUAUUUGUGUACGACGAAGGGGAGCCUCCAGUUUUCCAUAAUGGACCUUGCAAGAGCAUAUACUCAAUGGAGGGGAAUUUUAUUCAUGCAAUCGAGGUGAAUGACCAAUUCCGAACAAGAGACCCUCAGAAAGCACACGUUUUCUUCCUUCCUUAUAGUGUAACAAUGUUGGUGCGGUUCAUCUAUGUUAGCGACUCUCAUGAUUUUGGACCCAUAAAAAAGACCGUCACAGAUUAUGUCAAUAUCAUUGCCUCGAGAUACCCUUAUUGGAACAGAAGCCUAGGAGCUGAUCACUUCACACUUGCCUGCCAUGACUGGGGGCCGGAGACUUCAUUUUCCAUUCCUUACUUGCACAAAAACUCAAUUCGAGCACUAUGCAAUGCCAACACUUCCGAGGGAUUCAACCCGGCGAAGGAUGUAUCGAUUCCAGAAAUUAACCUUCAGACGGGUUCGCUAAAUGGUUUCAUCGGAGGGCCGUCUGCAUCUAGGCGUCCGAUUCUGGCAUUCUUCGCUGGAGGGGUUCACGGUCCAGUCAGGCCUGUUCUUCUGGAGCAUUGGGAAAACAAGGACGAGGAUAUUAAGGUUCACAGGUACCUUCCACGUGGCGUAUCGUACUACGAGAUGCUGAGAAGGAGCAAAUACUGCCUCUGUCCAAGUGGGUACGAGGUUGCGAGCCCCAGAGUGCCGGAGGCAAUCUACACGGGGUGCGUGCCGGUGCUUAUUUCAGACCAUUACGUGCCUCCGUUCAGCGAUGUUUUGAACUGGAAAUCCUUCUCUGUGGAGGUUUCGGUGAAGGAGAUUCCCAACUUGAAGAAUAUACUGAUGAGUAUUUCUUCGAGGCAGUACAUCCGAAUGCAGAGAAGAGUGGGGCAAAUUAGGAGGCAUUUUGAAGUGCAUCAUCCUCCCAAGCGAUUUGAUGUGUUUCAUAUGGCCCUUCAUUCUGUAUGGCUCAGGAGAUUGAACAUUAGAGUUCGCCAUGAUCAAUAG